GAAAAUGGCACACCGGGCCAAUGUCUGGUGUGCCAGAUGGCCAGUCCACCCCUGCCUACAGAUCAAGUGACUUCCGCUCUUAAAAAUUAGGAUGGGUAUUGUAAUGUAUUUAUUUUUUGUAAUUUAAUGCAAUUUUAUAAACAAAUAAAUAAAUAAAUGGUCAGAGACAUGUUACUAUGAAUAAAAGUAAUUUAUCUUAUAAAUUGAAGAAAAAUAAUGGAACAGGGAAUUAAGGGGCCACGUGUCUGUAUUUGGGCCCCAAAAUACCUGAGUCCACCUCUGCUCAAAUCAAGACGUUGCACUAUGAGUGCUGCAAUAGGAUGAGGACGAGCUUUAAAUAAAUCUAAGAUCUAAAUAAAAUAUAAUCUUUCUGGAGGUGUAAAAACGUCUAAAGUGGAGUGCUUUGGAGCUAAAUGCCACUCAACACUUUAUGGUCAUUCCGCUGAAAAGUCGCCUGCAGCAUUUUACGCAUAAGCUACAGGACACUGGUGGAUUUCUCGUGGCGAAAUAAGACUUUUUUUACACGUGUGAAGUUUCUUCUCAUUUUAAAGCCUCAAAGCAGAGACUUCACUUCUAGGGAAACAACCUGCUGUCCAGCUGUGUGAUUCGGUCUCUGUGCUGUGCGUGGUGCAGCCUCCGCGCCUCUUUAUGUAGUGUUCAGCGGGACGCUCCGCAGUUCUCUCAUCCGGCCCGUUUACGCGCGUCGACGUCCGCAUUCUCCUUCCAAACUCCUUAUUUAUUUAUUUAUAGGAGGAGGCGCAGGACUCCUGCAUGUUCCCAUGGUUUAGCUUCACUCUCCGUGGAUGCGAUCGCUCCUGGAGGAGGAAAAAGAAGCCGUUUGGUUUUCCUUCCCAGCUUUUCCGCUCCAGAGUCAUUCUCAGCACGAUGUGGGACGCGCGACCAGCGCGCGGCUUUCAGCCGUAACCGCUCAACUAUACAGGGGGAUCCCGGCUCCCUCUUCCAGGUCCACUCCCUCUGGAACAAGAGGAGUUUGCACGCAAAGGGUGCUUUACCUCAGCGAGGAGGCAGGAGGUGGACUGAGUAGAAGGAACAACUAUAGAGUAACAGCCAUGGAGGGACCAGUCUGAAGAGGAGCCAACGUAGCUGAAAAGUUUUAGCCGUUUUCUGGUAACCCAGAAGCAUCUGUUCCAUCAUCAUGGCUGAAAAGAUUGGACCGGUGGGACCUAAACCCAACAAUGUCCGAACUGCACCCUCACUUCCCCCAGAGCCUAUAGAUAUCAUCCGCACCAAAGCUCGCUCUCGCCGAGUCCGCCUUAACGUAGGGGGUCUGAACCACGAGGUCUUGUGGCGGACCCUGGAUCGGUUACCCCGGACCCGACUUGGUAAGCUCAGAGACUGCAACACCCACGACUCCCUGAUGGAGAUCUGCGACGACUACAGCCUAAACGAGAACGAGUACUUCUUCGAUCGCCACCCGGGGGCCUUCACCUCCAUUCUGAACUUUUACCGCACGGGCAAGCUGCACAUGAUGGAGGAGAUGUGCGCCCUUUCCUUUGGCCAGGAGCUCGACUACUGGGGGAUUGACGAGAUCUACCUGGAGUCAUGCUGCCAGGCCCGCUACCACCAGAAAAAGGAGCAGAUGAAUGAGGAGCUGCGGAGGGAGGCAGAGACGAUGAGGGAGAGGGAAGGGGAGGGGGAGUUUGAUAACACUUGCUGCCCGGAGAAGAGGAAGAAACUGUGGGAUCUCCUGGAGAAGCCCAGCUCCUCUGUGGCUGCCAAGAUCCUAGCCAUCAUAUCAAUACUUUUCAUCGUUCUUUCCACCAUCGCCUUGUCUCUCAACACCUUACCAGAGCUUCAGGAUAUUGAUGAGUUUGGGCAGGCCAACGACAACCCCCAGCUGGCCCAUGUGGAGGCCGUGUGUAUUGCAUGGUUCACCAUGGAGUACCUCCUUCGCUUCCUGUCUUCCCCCAACAAGUGGAAGUUCUUUAAAGGCCCACUCAAUGUAAUUGACUUACUGGCCAUUCUGCCCUAUUAUGUCACCAUAUUCCUAACUGAGUCCAAUAAGAGUGUGCUGCAGUUCCAAAAUGUGCGACGUGUAGUGCAGAUCUUCAGGAUCAUGAGAAUAUUGAGAAUACUGAAGCUGGCCAGGCACUCCACGGGGCUUCAGUCUCUAGGAUUCACUUUGAGAAGGAGCUACAAUGAACUGGGGCUCCUAAUAUUAUUUCUCGCCAUGGGCAUCAUGAUAUUUUCCAGCUUAGUCUUCUUUGCUGAGAAAGAUGAAGAUGCCACCAAAUUCACCAGUAUCCCCGCCUCAUUCUGGUGGGCGACCAUUACAAUGACUACAGUGGGCUAUGGUGACAUUUACCCACAGACUUUACUUGGAAAGAUUGUGGGUGGACUCUGCUGUAUUGCAGGGGUCUUGGUCAUUGCCCUCCCAAUCCCAAUCAUCGUCAACAACUUCUCAGAGUUUUAUAAGGAGCAGAAGAGGCAGGAAAAAGCCAUCAAGAGGAGAGAGGCGCUGGAGAGAGCCAAGAGGAACGGCAGCAUUGUGUCUAUGAACCUUAAAGAUGCCUUUGCUCGUAGUAUGGAGCUGAUGGAUGUAGUGGUGGAGAAAGGAGAUGACAAAACUUCCCUGGACAACCACCUGUCGCCGAGCCGAUGGGGAGGCUCAGCUCGUCACUCCACCUCUGAAAGCAAUCUUAGAUCACCAGAUAAAAGAAACCCAGAGUUUCUGCCGCAGAGCUCGCCCCAUCACAUCACCAUCACCACCACCGGAAGUCCAAAGCGUAUGUGCAGGACACCUCAGCACCUUAAUGUCCAGAAACUGGAGGAAAUGUACAACCAGAUGACCAAGUCACAGUCCUUCACAAAUCUCAACACUACAAGCUCCAUGAGCACCCUCAGCACAACUAUGACCGCUCCUGGUUCACCCAAGAAAUCCCAGAACCCCGGCUCCACGUUAAAGGAGGAGGAGCAGCUAGAGAUGAAGGAAGUUCAGUCGUAUUCGAAGGGUGGCUUCACCAGCCAUUCAGCAGACUGCACAAAACAGGACUUCAACCCUGGUCAAAAUUAUUCUGGGGUAUGUGAGAUCCAACAUCCCAGAGCACCGCCCUUUCUGGAUCUUGGCCUACUGAGGACAAACAAUGACCCAAGCUCCACAGGAACCUUCUAUGAAUCUGUCAACCCAGGUGAUGGAUCAAAGUUAAUUUUAGAGGAGGGGGAGUGCUAUAACAGUGCUGUGGAGAACAUCCAGAGCUCUCCAACAGACCCUGUAAAAACUAAAACAAUGGAGGUUAACUUAAGAAAGCCCUCCAAUGACGGUCCCCUUACACCACCUAGCACUACCUCUCCUGGAGACAUCAGCUCCAGCAUCCUGGAAGAGGAGUCCCCUACGGGAGAGGCGUCACCACUCAUCCCCAUAUCAGAGGAGCUUCUCCCAAUCAUGGAGAAUGCCUCCCUCUCUCCGAAAAGGCUGAUGGUCGACACCCCACCUGGCGAUGAAGAUCAGUCCACGGAGAACCAUGAUGAGAAGAAUCUGAUGGAGGAAGCAGGUGCCGCAAUUGCACCGUUGUCACCCAAGACGGCAGCACAAAAUUGCACCCAAAGUGUGGUUGGGGCAGGUGAAGAGGCCAAGGCUGACAGUGGACACAAAGUAGAGAAUCACAUAUUUACAUCUGAUAUCCACCUGAUUCCUGGGGAUGGCAGCCUUUCUCCAACCUGUGAAACCAGCAUGUGAAUGUAACGGGAAGCGGUGAAGGACACUAGACCUACUGCAAGCUCAGCCCGGCAUGUGGGAGAGCAGGGAGGAAAGUCAACGGCGCAGUUGUAGUGAAAGAUACUCUUGCAUGGCAUGACAAGUCUCUUUUACUGUGUUGUUGUGUGUUGCUGAUGAAGUAACUGAGGUGCUUUGUGCAGAUUUCGGAGCAAAGUCUCGGGAAGUCCAUCAUCUAAUGCAGACACAAGUUCUCCCAACUCCCAAAUGACAAGUCCUUUUCCAGCAGGAGAAGGAAAUGCACUAAGGGACCCAUCUGUAAAAAGCAUGCUUUUAAAAAAGACAGAUAUUUUAUGGUGCUUAGUUUGCUGAAAGCACGCCACUGUAAAUACUACAGGACAAUGUACAGGACGGUAAAUGAAGAUCGAAAGGACAAUGUGUGGAAAAAGGAAAGGGGAGGGUCUGAUUCACCAGCCCUCGGGCCAGGGGUUGCAUCGUAGCGAUUUCUAAAACAAAUAAAAAACAUAUCAUUACCUUUUGUGGACAUGCAAAGUGUUCCCAUGACAACUCUGUAAUGUUUCCUUUGUCUCUUGUGUAAAACGAUGUAUGAAAAUGUAACAGUGAUGUUGUUGCUUUGGUUUUUCACAAAAGUUUGAAUUUUCAGUUUGAACAUCCUAUAUCAAGUUUCUGAAUUUAAAACAUAACACCUCUUAAGCACACAAACUCGUUAUGCAGUUGCCAAAAAAUGUACAUAAUCAGUAAAAACAGGAACUACUAGAUUUACAGCGGCUGUAAUUAUUUACCAUAGAGGCUCAGAAAGUUAGGAUCCUGUUUCAGGUCCUGUUGAAGUUCAUCCAACAACACUCUGACGUUCUCAUCUAGAGGUAGUUUUCAACACAAUGAUAGAAUAUUUUACUCUUAGAUUGGCUGUAGAAGAAAUACCUUAAAUCAAUCUCUUGAAGUGGUUUUAUGGAAAGAUUAUAAAAAAAGAAUAUUCUACUUGUAGAUGGCUCUUUGAAUGACCUCAGUCUGGUGGGGCCAAGACCAAAAUGGAUGCUUGUCUAAACAGAUCCACUCCCAAAACGUAAACUCUGCUGUAACUUAAUUGGCCUUAAAAUGCGAGGAUUUUGGACAGAGCCAUUGCUUUGUCCAAACUAGGAUGGAUGGAUGGUAAUUAGCCUGUAUUUGUAUUGCCCUUUUUUAGGGUUCUACAACCCCCCAAGGUACUUCACAACACAGUCAUUCACCCAUUCACACACACAUUCACACGCUGGUGAUGAGCUACAUUGUAGCUACAGCUGACCUUGAGCACACUGACGGAAGCAAGACUGUCGAGCACUGGCGCCACCGGUCCCUCCGACCACCAUCAGCAAGCAAGGUGGGUUAAGUGUCUUGCCCAAGGACACAACAGAAGCAUUAUCUGCCGGGAUCAAUCCUACAACCCUUCGAUUACUAGACAACCCGCUCUACCUCCUGAGCCACUGCUGGAUGAAUGAAUGGAUGAAUAGAUAUGCUAAUUUAUAGCCAUUUACACCACCAUCAGUUUAGCAUUGUACGACUAUAAUGAAAAAUCGUGAUUCUCCAAGCUUCACCAGAGGUGCUACAGCUAGCAGCUUUUAGCAGAUGCCAGUAACCAAUUUUUUAUGUAAGUAAACAAAGUGUGCAAGUGAAUUUCAUAUAAAGUAUUUUUAAUGAAUAAGUUGCAUGAAUCUGAUAUUUGUUUAAUAAAUUGGAGUUAUUUUACAACUGCAGCAAUUUUAGUCCUGCUCUGUCUAGCCUUAAGCUUAUCAAUCCAGACACUGAGGUUGUUUAAACAGCUACCUACAGAACCUAAAAUAAUCAUUAUUCAUAAUCUUGCCUCAGAUAUCAACAUCAAAUGGUAUUAGGCUGUAAGUGAGAAUCUAUAAAAAGAUAGUUAAGCAUAUCUGGUCGCUAAUGCAGAUAUCUGCUUAACUUAUUAGUAUUUAUUGUGACCAUUCAAAUGGACUAGGCUAUGAUACGAAAAAGAUAGUAUUACUUCUGAUAUUAAUGGACCAAAUGAAGCACACUUACAAGCUUCCAUCUAUCUUAUCUGCAUCUUAUCGUAUAUAGAAGUAACGUGUUAUAAACAGUAAAGUUUGUCGCUUAUGGUUUGUUUACCUGCAUCAAGCUCAUUGUCUUAUCCUCUGUAUCCCAACGUCUCAGCAUUACUGCAACUUUUACCCGAUCCUGCUGAAAAGUUUCUGGCAUUGUCCUUUUCUUUCUCAUCCAACUGUGGUGUCUUGGACUGUAAUUUAUCAUGUUUUAUUGAUGACAAAACAAUUUUCAGUCAAACUUAAACCCAAAGGAGUUUUAUUCUGGUCUUUUUCUGGCUAUCGUUUUACACUGACUGAAAAUAUCUGUUGUAUGUUGCCUUUGAUUCCAAUUUUUUGCUGGAAUAGUUCGUCUCUUGUCUCGGAGAGCUAGGAAGUUGUUUGUGAAAUCAGCACAAACAUGAAUUGCAGUGACAGGAAGGACAUGGAAAUAUUAUUUUAUGUUUAUUGUUUUUUAAUCAUUAUUAAUAUUAUCACCAUGUCUUUAUUUAUAUUUGUUAAUUGUUUUCUCACUGGAAGGUGUGGAAUGUGCAAUACCGCAUACUGCAAUCUAUGCAGGCCAAGAAUUGUGGCACUUUAUUUAUUUCAAUGGGAAUUUUUAAGUGUACAGGCAGACAUUACUUGUAUUUUAUUAAAAUGUUAUAUCUUUAA